UGCAAUGACAUCCACUAAGUUUUCUUAACACAACGGAAGAACAACAUGAAAGCCGCUAUCAUCUUCGCCUGUCUCUUGGCUGUUGCCUUCGCUCGUCCUGAAGUUGAGAUCGUUCGCCAGGAGUCCGAUGUUCAACCCGAGGGUUACAGUUUCGAUUCUGAAACUAGCGACGGAUCCAAACACUCUUCAUCCGGUGUCUUGAACAAUGUUGGCACAGAUCACGAAUCUAUCGCUGUUAAGGGUUCCUUCUCUUUCGUCGCUGAUGAUGGUCAAACCUACACCGUCAACUAUGUUGCUGAUGAGAACGGUUUCCAACCAUCAGGUGCUCAUUUGCCAGUUGCCCCAGUAGCUUAAGUGUCUAAAAUUGAAACAAUAACGAUAAUACGAGAAAUAAAUAAUAAAAAAAAAAAACAAAUGGUUGGCUACCGUUAAUGAAAAGCUAAAAA